CUUCUUCAUUCAUUUCAUUUCUUGUAGCUGCUUCCACUCUCACUCUCGCAAAUGGCGCUUCCGCUUCCAUCUCUUCCGUUCGACCUCAUCGUCGAAAUCCUCUGCCGGCUCCCGGUGAAGCCACUGCUGCGAUUCCGCUCCGUUUCCAAAUCCUGGAAUUCCCUAAUCUCCGAUCCCAAAUUCGCCAAAAUGCACCGUCGCUGUUCGCCGCCGGACUUCACCCGCCACCACCUCAUCUUAGGCCACACCAACUCCUCAAACGAUUUCCUCCUCACGGAUUAUCCGCUCCUCUCCGUUUUCAACGCCGCCGUGCCUGCCGCCGCCACUCAGCUCGACUACCCUCUCAACAAUCCCUACCGUUUUGAUUCAAUCGUUGGCUCUUGCGAUGGAAUCCUCUGUUUAUCCAUCGAUCAAAGUCGCUCUGCUGUUGUAUGGAACCCUUCCACUCGGAUAUUCAAAAACUUGCCGCCAUUGGAGAAUCCACAGCUUCAAGGUAGUUGCACAUUAUUCGGAUUUGGUUAUGAUAAUCUUGCUGAUCGUUACAAAGUAGUUGCUGUUUUCUGCUAUAAAACUGUUACUGGGGGUUACAGAAAAUAUAAAACUGAUGAUGGUGAGUUUUAUAAAACACUGGUUAGGGUUCAUACUUUGGGUACAAAUUCUUGGAGGGAGAUUCAAGAGUUCCCUUUGUGUGUCCCUUUUUGUCGUCAAACAGGAAGAUUUGUGAGUGGAACUGUUAAUUGGUCUGCAUCUAAUGAGUCGAGCUGGUUUAUUAUUUCUCUUGAUUUGGGGAAGGAGAGUUAUCGAAAGCUUUCGCCCCCGGAUUGCGGUGGAGUGGUUUGGUCUUUGGAGGUUUUAAGGGAUUGCUUGUGCAUCCUUUAUGGCGAUUACGAUGUUUGUGAUGUUUGGCUUAUGAAGGAGUAUGGUAAUGAAGAGUCUUGGACUAAAUUAUUCAGUGCUCCUAGCCCGAGGGAGCUAUUUGCCUAUGAUUGGGCACUGCAUAUUACUGAGGAUGAUGAGGUGCUGCUGAUGUUCGAUUCAAAGUUUUUUCUCUACAAUUUCAGAGACAACACUUUAACAAGUCCCCAAAUUCAAAACAUCCUUGGUUGGAUAGUCCCAGAGGUCUAUGUAGAAAGUUUGAUAUCGCCUUAACCUGGAUACUACGAUGUAAAUACUGUUGAUAAGCAGUGCAUUUUAUAGUUGAUAAUAGCCUUAAUAGAGUUGAUAGGCAGGCAUUAAUAUAGUUGUUAAGCAUUACAUUAUAUAGUUGCAAUAGCCUUCAUUAUAGCAAUUACCAUUUGAUUAGAACAUAGGAUUGCUGCAGACUUACUUCUAUGUUCUAAGUUUGAUUGUAUAACCCCUUACUCUGAUAGUUUGAGGGUUAAUUACUUUGGUUGUAAGUUGCUCCUGCUAGUAGCAAAGCAUUGUCGGCUACAUUAUUGAUUAUAUAUGAAAUAAUUUGUUUUA